AACGGGGAAUGCCAGGGAUGCCGGGCAAACAUGGAGCAAAGGGAGCUCCUGGAAUUGCUGUGGUUGGGAUGAAGGGUGAGCCAGGGACCCCGGGAGCCAAGGGCGAAAAGGGGGCUGCAGGCUCCCCUGGGCUAUUCGGCCUCAUGGGGCAGAAGGGAGAAAAAGGUGAUGCUGGUAACUCCAUCGGAGGGGGCAGAGGGGACCCCGGCCCCCCAGGGCUACCUGGGCCCCCCGGGCCAAAGGGAGAAGCUGGGGUUGAUGGCCAGGCCGGCCCCCCAGGACGGCAAGGAGACAAGGGGGAGCCUGGAGCAGCUGGAGACCAGGGACCAGCCGGCCCCAAGGGCACCAAGGGGGAACCAGGGAAAGGAGAGAUGGUGGACUACAACGGAAACAUCAACGAGGCUCUCCAGGAGAUCCGAACGCUGGCCUUGAUG